GCCUCGCAGGUCCCACGUUGGUUGGCGAGGGCCCGUGGAGGCGUGUCCUGGUUCAUCCAUUAACCCUGCAGCCGUCCGCCCGGCGACCACACAGUUCCGCCGCAGCGCUCCUACCGCCCGGCUCUCCGAAAUGUUGGACCGGCUCCUCGUCCUGCUCUGUCUGUCCUCGGCUCUGGCCCAGCAGCUCUGCACGCCAGGCGCCCCAGACGGCUACAAAGUCCGACUCAGCAUCAACACGGCUCUGGGAGACCAAGCUUAUGUUUGGAAUGAAAACGAAAUGUUCCUCUUCCGGGCCACUCUGGCGUUCGCCAUGAGGACGCACUUCGGCGGCGACCAAUACGACGUGUCGAACAUCCUGGUGUGCGACGAGACCCCGCGGGUGUCCUUCUGGUUCGUGGUGACGUCGCCGCUCGACGCCACGCGCCCGGUGGACCGGGCGGCGGUGGAGGAGGCCGUGAGAAAGUCCAGGCACCGCAUCAACAGCGCCUUCCUGCUCACCGACAAAACUCUGGAGUUCAUCAACAUCAACCCCACGCUGGCCUCGCCGCUCGCCCCGGACACCCCCCCGUGGCUCAUCGUGUUCGGCGUGGUGAUGGGCGCCGUGGGCGCCGGCAUCGUGGUUCUGCUCGUCUCCUCCAUGGUCCAAAAGAAUCGCAGGAGGAAGAAGAAAAGCGGCAGACAGGCUGACGCCGGAGAGGAGGCGCCAGUGAAAACCGCCGAAAAUGGCGGCGCGAGUGACGGAGUCUACAACAUGUCGUUCGACGACGGGUCGGUCACACAGAUGUAAAACCGUAAAAAAGAAAUGAUGUGACUCGUGGGUGCAGGAGCCUGUCGGCCGCCAGGGGGCAGCAACGCGCCUCUAAAAAGCAACGCGUCUUCUUCUUUUUUUAUACACAUUUGAAUUUCAAAUGCUUCCUUUUUUUUAAAUUUCACUCUUAUUUUAUUUUUGUCUUAACUGUAUGGUUUUUGAAGUGUUAAUAAUUGGACUAUAUUUAGUCAAUUGUUGAAUAAACUCCUCUUGAUCAGACCCCGCUGACAGCACUUGGCACUCGGUGUAAUCUCCCCCUCUUUCCUCUGCGCUUCUCUCUUCUCUUGCCCGAGGAAUUCAGAAGGAUUUUUUUGAUUUUUUUUUUUUUCUUCAUACACCUCAUUUUCCUCGU